AUGUUUCAACCGAUGCUCCUUCUUUCUCUCCUUUUACCUUUGGUUUCUGCUCAAUGUGGACCUGGAGCUGUAUUCCAAUCAUCUAGUUCUAGAUGUCUAACAUUCUUCCGAACAGCAACGGAUUUCCAAAGCGCUGAAGCGAUUUGUGCCACUCUGAAUGGUCACUUGGUCUCGAUUCACAACACUAUCGACAACACUUUCGUUUCCAGUCAAGCUCAAAAAUAUUUCGAUGGAUCAGCAUGGCUCGGAGCCAAAACUACUGCUCCAGAUGUCACCAACCCAUUGAACUGGUAUUGGACUGAUGGAAGCAACUUUGAUUAUCAGAAUUACCGAGUUGGAGAGCCAAGUGCUCAAGGAUCCACCGCUUGUAUGCAACUUCAGACCGGAACUGCUAAAUGGUUGACUGCCAACUGCACAUCCCAAUUGCCAUUCAUCUGCUCUUAUUCUUCAAGCGUCACACCAACAUGUCCAACUGUUACCAUUCCAAGCCACUGCCCAUCUGGAUAUACCUGGUACGAUGAGACUGAUUUCUGUUACAAGAGCACUGUUCGAUUCACAAGCUUCAAUGACGCUCGUAGCGCUUGCCAAGCUGAUGGAGGAGAUUUGGCUUCGAUUCACUCUCAAACUGAAAAUCAAUUCCUUGUUGAACUCUCAAAAGCCGGAAUCACCAAUAAGGACAAAGGUCACAAUGAUGAUGUGUUCAUCGGAUUGAUCUACCAAAACUCUAAAUGGCAAUGGACUGAUGGAACUCCUGUGAAUUAUCUCAACUGGGGAGAUGGUGAGCCAAAUAAUAUGGGGAAAGAAUGGUGGACCUCGUUGGUCGCUGAUCCACAUGAGGACAAAAACACAGAAGACACUCGAUGGAACAACGUUGCACAGAUCGACAUGAGAGCUUAUAUUUGCAAGAGAGCACCACUUCAUUAA